GCGCCGCGGCGUGAAGCGCGGCCGCAAGAUCAAGUCGAAGAAGAGCAAGUCCAGCGGGCACGGCACCAACGCGCUGAUAGACGCCACCCCGCCAGGGGUGGCAUCGAGCCCAGCGCCAACGGCCAAGGAGGCGGCCAAGAAGAAGUCCACGGCAGCAGGUGCCUCCAUGGUCGUCGUCGACGUGGCUGGGAAGUUCUGGGUGAAGGUGAGGCAGCGCCUCACAGAGGGGCCCACGACGCUGCAGUACAAGGACAGCGAGGAUUGCACUUCGAAGUGGAGGCAGCUGGCCCAGGUCGCCCACGCCCAAUGGACAGAGGCGAUCAUGCACAAGUACGGCCAGACGGACGGCCCGUCCAUGAGCACCAUCGUCAUCGAGAAGAUCAGGGAGAAGAUCGUCGAGCAGGGCACGGUCGACAAGGGGCAGGUGAAGCCCAUCAG